ACAUAGUGAUAUAUUUAAUGGUUCUAUUAUUACCUAUGCUUUAUAUCUAAGCAGUAAGCCGUCUAAGGUUGCUUGUAUUAUUUAUCUAUUGCUAUCGAUUAGGUGAUUACCAUUACCUUAAGAAGUCGGGUAUAAAGGUUUAAAUAUUUUAAUAUUAUAGGAAAUGGUUCGACUGCCGUUCAUGGUGCAUUAAAAAUCAAAACUUUUUUCAUAUCAUCAUUUUAUAUCAAUAGUUUGAUARUUUGAUUAACCAUUAACUGCAACGCUCUCUCGUUAUGCUCCAGGCCGACAGGCGCCAGCAUCGAGCAUCAACCAUACAUAAUAGUGUCGUUUUCCGAAUAUUAGUCUCGUUUACUUUGCCCAAUAUUGGUUAUUUUGUGCACUUGCCAAUGGGCCCGAUUAUACACCGUGCUGCAUGUAAAAAUGUAAACGUUGUGUACCGUGGCGCCUGGAGGUAAGAAGCAACAAGCCCUUUAUAUACGUACCGAACUGCACGUCACUAUGUCAAACUACUUGAGUAGUGCCUCCACUAGGAAAUCCGAUGACAAGUAUGAUGAUGAACUGACUGAUAGAGACGAUACUAAAAGGAAAUCAAGAAACUUAAGUGAGAAGAAACGCAGGGAUCAAUUUAACAACUUAAUCAAUGAAUUAAAUCGUAUGUUGUCUACAACCAACAGAAAAAUGGAUAAGUCCACUGUUUUGAGAACAACCAUAAAUUAUUUAAAUAAACAGAAAGAUUUAUUAUUAAGAUCAAAAGUACAUGAGAUAGAUAAUGAUUGGAAGCCAGCAUUUCUAUUAAAUGAAGAAUUCACACAUAUAAUUUUAGAAGCUUUAGAUGGAUUCAUUAUAGUAUUUACAUCAUUAGGAAAGAUCCUCCACGCAUCAGAAACUGUCACUGCUCUUCUUGGUUAUCUUCCGAAAACCAUGGAAAAUUUAUCAAUAUUUAAAAUAAUUCACGAAGCAGAUCAUUCGUUGUUACAUGAUCGAAUUGUAGAAUCCAGACUUUCAAAGAAUUAUGAUAAUGAUCAAAUUGUAUUUUCUUGUCAUUGUAAGAGACAUGACCCAUUUAAAGAUAAAGAGGGUAUAAAUGAAAAAAAUCAAUUUGAAUUAGUGCAAUUUUUUGGUUACUUUCAACCUAGUAGUGAAAUGUAUCAAGGGGAAAAUCUUAGGAUUUCGUCUCCAUUUAGCAGYGAAGAAGAUGACCAAAACCUAGUGUUUGUUGGUAUUGGCCGAAUUAUGACUCCACAGUUAUUAAAAGAACUGCCAGUUAUGGAAGAUAUAAAAAGUGAAUUCACCUCCAGACACAGCUUAGAAUGGAAAUUUUUAUUCCUUGAUCAUAGAGGUCCGUCAAUUAUUGGCUAUAUGCCGUUUGAAGUACUAGGAACAUCUGGUUAUGAAUAUUACCAUAUUGAUGACUUAGAAGAUGUAAUUUUAUCACACCAAGCACUUAUGCUGAAAGGCGAAGGGACAUCUUGUUAUUAUCGGUUUUUAACCAAAGGCCAACAAUGGAUAUGGUUACAAUCAAGAUAUUAUAUCAGUUACCACCAAUGGAACUCAAAACCUGAAUUCAUUGUUUGUCAUCAUCAAGUCAUAAAUUAUUUUAAUGUUAUUAAAAAAGAAGGUGAGACUAACAACGGAAGAAAAAAUAGUAAAAAAAAAUCAUGGCACAUUCCUUUAAAUGAAAUUGAACAUCAAUCAUCAAAUAGUGAUUAUGAUUCGUAUCAAAAGAGACACUAUGAACAAGCAAGUACAGACUCACCAAAAACGAAAAUUAGGUCAAUUGAAGAUAUUCGAAAUUCUAAUUCUGAAAGUGAGUCAUUGGCAUUGGUAGAAAGUAAACAUGAUGUUUCUGAAACAUUCAACGAUUAUUUAGAWAAUGCACAAUGUUCAGUAAAAUUACCUGCAGGCUCAGUUUCUCCUUCACAGGAAAAUCUUAUUCAAGAUCAACUACAGCGUAAACAAGAGCAAUUACAAAAAACAAUUGUCAAACAACAGGAAGAACUGAAGAAAAUAACUAAACAAUUAUUAAUGGCUCGAUGUGGAAUUUUGCCAACAUUUUUGGAUGAUUCUUUACAAACAUCCACUCAAACUACCGAGCAAACAACUCAACCAGAGACUUCUGCAAAUCAAAUAAUUUGUUCAAAUACUAGUGGAGAACCGUUUGAAACUCGUCCAUUAAUAUCUUCUGAUGUCUUAUUAUUACAUGAACGAAAURAACAAGUUAUGCAGCAUUCCUAUUCAUCAAAUAUAAUACAGAAUAUGGUGGAUGAGGGAGGAGGACAGUUGGAUUAUAGUUAUAGUAAUCAGUCAAAUGAUGUUCUUUUUGAACAAAGUUCUCCCUGAAAAUCAUAACAAUUUCAAAGGUAGUUUAAUAUCUCAUGUAUAUUUCUUUUAUGAUUAAUUUUUAAUACAUUUGUUCAACGCUCAAUGAUUUUUUAGUAUGAUAGAAUAUAAGAAUGAAGUGAGUGAUAAUUUUAUUAUAAUUUACCAAAUAUGUAUUUAAAAAAAAAAUAAUUGUACAAAUGAUUUUAAUUAUUCUCAAAAACUAAAUUAUCAUUCAACUAAGUUUUUAAUUGUUUUUUACGUUGUUUGUAAGUUAUAUAGUGGGCUUCUGUGUUGUACUACAAGGUCAACAUAGGAAAAACUAUAGCUCGGUUUAUAUGAUUUCCUAAUAGUAUGUUAUGGCAAAAAUAGUGAACUAUUUAUUCCAUAUGUGAUCUCUUAAUGGGUUUGAACUUUGAAACAUAAAAUUAAGAAUAUCUUUUUGAAGUUCUAUCAAUGAAAUGCCACUUCACGAGCCCUUGUCUGAAAUGUUGUAAUUUUAAUUUGUUUUUUACUAUAUAUAUAUACUAAUUUUUUUUAAUUAACAAAAUGACUUGUGUUUAAUGUAAAAACUAUUCCUUUGAAGAUUGUGUAAUUAUUAAAUUAAAAUAAUAAUAAUGAAAGAAUAUCCUAGUAUGCUGCAAUUAACAUUCGUUAAAAAAAAAAUUAAAUUUUAAGAUAAGAACAUUCAGUAACAGAAUUUUACUACAAAUUUAGAUAUUUAUUUUAUCAGUGUAAWAACUAAUAAUUAAGUGAUUAUUUAAGUU